AUGUUUCUAGAAGAGAGAACAGGAUUACCAUCAUUGAGACCGUGUGAUAGAGCAAAGCAGAGAACAGAGGUUGGAAAUGUCAAUGAAGACACCAAGAGGAUUGAAACUCACAACAUUACAGAACUGAAUUCUUUAAUGUACGCAGCGGCAUAUGUUACCACAGAAAGAAUGGGAAUGUUAAAGAAGAGGAAAGAAAGGAGGACCGAAGAACCAUUCUGGAAGACGAGGAUUAAACAGAGUAUUGAAACAUGGAGAAAGGAUCUCAGCAAGAUCGAAGAAAUCCGGAGAGGGAACAUGAGAUUGAAACAAAGAGAAAGAGAAAGAUUCAAUAGAAAAUACCGCCUUGAGGAGAAUGGCACUUUGUGCAUUUCAGACAUAUUGAAGCAGAAGAUUAAGGCUGGUGCAAUUAAGAUCAAGAGAUAUGAUGAGAGAUGCCAACAAAAGAUAUGGUCAGAAGAGGUCAUUCACAACGAGCAGGCUUCUUGGCUAGAGCAAGUUGACCAGGAGUUCAGCGCAAUAGAGGUUCAAGAAGAUAUCAACAUCACCAUGGAGGAUAUUAGAACGGGAGUGAGUAAGAUGGCAAAUUGGAAGGCAGCUGGCCCUGACUUAGUCCAGGGCUACUGGUUUAAGAAGCUACCAGGAUUACACCCUAGAUUGCAACUACACCUGCAAGACUGUGUGCGCCAAGAAAAUGUGCCAGAGUGGAUGGUCAAAGGAAGGACAGUGCUCAUUCAGAAAGACCCAUCGAAGGGCACCCAAGCUAACAACUACCGUCCUAUUGCCUGCCUACCCAUAAUGUGGAAGCUACUGACUGGAAUCAUGGGUGAGAAACUGUACCAGCACCUGGAGGGGAAUGGACUACUAGCAGAUGAGCAGAAAGGUUGCAGGAAAGGAUCGCGAGGAACGAAAGAUCAGUUGCUUGUAAACAAGGCAAUCCUAAAGAACUGCUGGAGAAGGUUGACGAACUUGUCAAUGGCUUUGAUAGACUACAAGAAAGCCUAUGACAUGGUGCCACAUUCAUGGAUACUUAAAUGCCUGGAGAUGGUUGAUGGAGCCAAGAACAUGAUUACGGUAAUCAGCAAUAGCAUGGUGAACUGGAAGACAGUAUUAACAUUUGAAGGAACAAAUCUUGGACAAGUGGACAUCAGAAGAGGAAUUUUUCACGGAGACUCUUUAUCGCCAUUGCUGUUUGUUCUAAUCAUGCUGCCACUAACGCUAGUGCUACGAAAGAUGAGAGCUGGAUACAGAUUUGCAAAAGAAAUGAAGCCUGUUAACCAUCUACUGUUCAUGGACGAUCUGAAAUUGUAUGGAGCCAACAAAGACCAACUGGACUAA